GCUCCUUUCCUUGAAGUUUGGAAAGGUGGAACAGCUCUGAUCAUGGUCACGUGUCUCAGUGAGGAACCCGCCCACAGUUUCUGCUGAAGUCAUCGUUACAGCGAGCGACACUGGUUUCAGCCUGAUAAUGACAUCAGGUGUGUUGUUGUUUAAAAGGGGUGCAGUGUACACCUUUUCACACUUUCAAAUGUUUCAGUAACAACAAAGAAUCUUAUGGCUGAGGGUUGAACUUCAGUCUCACGCUUUCAUUUCCAAUCACUUUAUUCAAGAGGCGGGACUGAAUGGGGGCGGUGUCUAGAGGUCAGAGCGUGGAGACUUCCUGAAGAGCGUCUGAAGUCACACAAAGUUGAUUCUGUUCACCUGGACGCCGAGUUUUCAGUGGGGGAUAUGCUUCGUCACUUCAUCCUUACCUGGAUUAUUGGGCAUGCAUCGAGACAGAGGAGUGUUUUUGUACUGUUUAAGUUUUGAUACAAAGCUUUGAUAAGGAGGAUGAGUCAAAUUUACAUUCAUCCAUUUAUAUACUCGUCUAAGUUCUUCCUGUGGGGGCAGGAGAGUCCAGUACUGCAGUUAUUUCCCACAGAGAAGAAGAGCAGCCGCCAGAGCGGAAGUGCGAAAAAUCGGGUUUCCGGUACGGAUCGUGACAACAAGCAGUGGCAUUUCUGUUUGAGUACCGCGGGGUUAAAGGUCACAGCGUCACCGACAAACACACACACACAGCCGAGAAGAAGCUCCGAGUGCCAACUGUCUGCUAACCAGCGGCUUCCUGCUCGAGUGAGUCUCUGCUCCUGUACCGAGAGCCCUGCGUGCCAAAAGUAACAGCAAGACCGUUGUGGUGAAGGCGGAACAAGCGGCUCGGCUCCAGUUACAGUCCGGUACCGCCUCACGUUGCACUGCAGCCUCUUUUCCAUUUGUACCUGCUCGGCUCGGCUUUCAGGGUUUUCCAUUCGGUCACAGUUCCUGGUACCAGGUACUGUUUUAGUACCUGCUCAGACGGGUUCCAAGCGAUCCAAGCAGGUAUUAAACUAUGACGUCAUCUGACUGCAUGCCACUGAUUGGCUGGUCAGUGGCGUCACUCGAUAAGUCAUGAGAGCAUCUACUACGCAAAACACCGAGAGAAAUGUGUUCUGGGAAUCCAUCCGACCUCACAAACCAUCCUACCUGUUGUUUCUGCGCAUGCGCACAACACAAAAUUAAGUGGCAAACCGUCCUAUCUACUUAAAUUUAUGCUGGAGUUAUUGUGUGACCACAGGAAUGUGCAUAAAUGAAGUACACUAGGAUGGUUUGCUCCAAGAAACAACGCCAUGUUCCCGGAAUCUGACAGCCUCCACCUUUGUUGUUGCAUUCGUGUCAAAUAUUAAUUAAGAUUACACGUUGCUAUAACGACGACCACGCAUAUUAGAUUGUACUGGUUAUAGUGGAAACCCAGUGGAGUCAAGUUGUGGCGAGUCGAGCAGGUACUAAUGCAAAAGGGGCUAAAAAAAUCCUAAAAAUGUUUCAUACGUCUGAAAAGUGCAUCCUGUAGGGGUGCACUUGUUUUGCAGACAUGGCGGUGCAGGUGCGGUGCCUGUCGUUCCGGCAGCCCUAUGCCGGCCUGGUUCUGGACGGGGUAAAGACAGUGGAGAGCCGCUGGAGGCCGCUGCUUGCUCCACUGGAGAACCAGACGCUGGCGGUCCACGUGGCUCAGCGUGACUGGGAGGGGUCGGAGUGGAGGGCAGUGCUAAGCGGCCUGCUGGGGAUGAACGGCGCUCAGAUCGAGGCGCUUCUGGAGUCCGGGGAGCGGUUCGGCCGCGGCGUGGUGGCAGGAUUGGUGGAUGUGGGCCGGACCUGGCUUUGCCCCGCCUCCCUGCAGGGGAUGGAGCUACAGUGCCUGGAGCAGUCGGCCGUGCUGAUUGGUCUGCAGGAGAAGCACCUGACUAACCUGUCCAACCCUCGCUGGCUGAAGGCCCCGCUGAGAGCUCCAGGAGGUCGCGACCUCUGGACCAUAGAGAUCCCAGCAAAAUUGUUACCGUGACAACACAUACGUAACCUGCCCGAGCACCAAGGCUGAUGCUGGAGCGACACAGAGGAGAACUACAGAUCCCAGCUCUGGCACAGGAAAACUUCUGUCAUUGUACUUUGAUUUUUACAGCUGAUCAUUGAUCUUUGAUCAGAGCGAUGGCACUGACCUCAGAUCAGGUCACUGUGAUGUCACUGGCACACCUGAUUUUUGUUAGCUAUGUUAUAUUGCUGCCUCUGUUCGGUGGUGUCGAGCCAAACGGACUUUAACGUGUGUUUGAACGAGCUGACGGUUCACUCGUUAAGCUGAAAGAAAGAUGCUUUAAUCACAGGAGUCAC